UCGAACCAGAAGAGUGCAGUUUACUCGCCCAAAAUCUUCCUUUUCUCCACAAAAUCACUUCAAAAUUCAAUCUUUCGUCCCAUUCCUCACUCCCCAGCCAUGGCCGCCGCUCCUACAAGCUUCCUCUCCCUCGACUCCUCCUACCUCCGCCCUAUUCUCAUCUCCACACCAUUCUCUCCCUCCUCUUCCGUCUCAAUUCACCGUUCCCACUCCCCUUCCUUCUCCCUCUCCUCCGUCCGCUCAACCGCCGGCGCUAUCGCCGCUUCCGCUUCCGGCGGCGGCGUCUUCCUCGACGACCUAGGUCUCUACCGCCUCCAAACACUCGACAAGUACAUAAGAGAAGGAAGGCACGGCGACGGAUGGCUCGAGAUCCGCCCCAUGGAGGAGGGGGAGGUCGAUCCCGCCGUCCAGCUUCUAGCAGAAUCCUUCGUAGAGUCCAUGGGCAUGGCGGCGCGGUAUGUCCCGCUUCUCGCUUUUCUGGUGCGCCAGUAUGUAUUAGGCCGCCGGGUUCUGCUGCCCCACGCCGUGAUGCUCUUAGGGUUCUAUAGGGAAGGGGAGAAGGAGGCAGAGCUCGCCGGCACGGCGGAGGUUUCUUUUGAUACCAUUGGGGCUAAUGCAGCGCCGCCGACGCCCCUGCCGCCGAGGGACUGCCCUUACAUCUGUAACAUGGCAGUCAAGAAGGAGUUCCGGAGGCGAGGAAUUGGCUUUCAGCUACUAAAGGCAUGCGAGGAGCUCAUAUGUAAAAUGAAGACAAAACAUAGAGUAUACCUUCAUUGCAGAGUGACAGAUACAGGACCUCUGAGAAUGUACAAGAAAGCCGAAUACAAGAUCGUCAAAACCGACAGCAGAUUAGUUUGGUUGACGCUUCAGCGACGAAAGCAUUUGCUGGCGAAAGAACUACAUGUUGAGCAGGAUGCAGCUUUUACUGUUGUUGUUGAGAAUCAUGUUAUCCAGUAAGUCUUGUAAUUUGGCUACUACCAGAAGGUGCACUUGUAAUUUAUCUGAAUUUGUUGUGAUGUAUGAUAGUGUGCACUAACUGAAGUUCUUA